GCUCGGAGAAGACCUGCAGGGAAAAUGCGCUCGCAAGAAGUCUAUAGAAAUCUCACUCAGCCGCCGGAAGCUCCGGGUCCGCCGCCAGAACCUGCGCCGGAAGAGUAUGGUGACGACAGCUGCCCCCACUGCGAUGCAGCCCCAAUGGUCGGAAAGCGACAUUCAAGGCUAAGUUGGUGGCAGAAACUUCGGGCCAGUCUAUCGCCCCUCUAUUGCUUUCGCUUUCGAUAUAAAACGAUCUUUAAGUGCCGGUCGUGCGGCUGGCGGACCUCUUCACCCAGUUUCUCGAAAAGAUGCAGCUAUGAAUGCAAAAAGACUACAGGAAUCGCAUCAUGAAUGGAAAAGAAAGGAAGAAAGAUGUAUAUUAUUUUAAGAGUUCUUUAACUAAUUAGAUUUCAUGAAGUUAUGGCUGUAGAAACGGAGUAAUUGGUCAAAAUCAGGAUCCUAACAGAAAUAACGAAAAUAUGAAUAUUUGCCAAAUGUGAAA